GGCCGACCACUUUCGUCCCACCUCUGGCCGCGCCACCCAGAAGAUUGAAGCAGAGAGCCAGCGAGACCUAACCUUGCCCGGGGAAGCUGGCGGCGCUGGCGAUGCAACCGAACACCAAGGAAACGGAAGGGAUGGCGCCGUCCCACGCCGCGCUGCAGCCGGAGCUCCAGAACGGCGGCGGAGGUGGAGGCGCCGAGAACGACGAUUUCUUCGAGCAGACGAUGUCCGGCUUCUCCUCCGCCGCCUGGCCGCUGGAGUUGGGGACCCCCAGGUCGCUUUUCGGGGCGAAGUCUUCGGAGGAGUCGCCGGACGACGAGGGAUUGAACUACGCGGCGCCGUACGGCGGUUCGUCUCUUCUCGCCUCGCGGCACCGGAUGCACCUCGGCGCCUCGCCGGAGGAUUCGUCGAUGCUUCUCCAGCUCGGUGGGCAGCUUCUGUUGCAUCCUACGGCCGCGGCCUCCGGGGGCGAGCCCGGGGGCUUCCUCCGGCUGCCCCUCUCCCUCGGUAGCGGUAGCGGAGGCUCUGGGAUCUCGACUUCUGCCAUCUUCGGGGACAGAUCCCGAGGAGAACUCGACCCGCCGUUCGAAUCGCCCGAUCCCACCGAGGCUGAGGUGUUGUAUGACGAUGGAUUCGCCGGAUCGCUUCCACGAGCGGUGCAAGCGUCUCUUCAUCAGCAGCUUCUCCAACAUUCCCAGAAUUACGGAGCUGCUACACUGACCGGGCAGGCUCCUGCGAUAACAGCGACGGCUUCAGGUACCGCCGGCGCAGGUACUGCGCCACCCAAGCCGAGGGUGAGGGCCAGAAGAGGGCAAGCGACCGAUCCCCAUAGCAUUGCCGAAAGACUUCGGAGGGAGAGAAUCGCAGAGCGUAUGAAAGCUCUGCAGGAAUUGGUGCCCAAUUCUAACAAGACGGACAAGGCAUCGAUGCUGGACGAGAUCAUCGAUUACCUUAAAUUUCUCCAGCUCCAAGUCAAGGUCUUGAGCAUGAGCAGAUUGGGCGGAGCAGCCGCCGUCGCCCCGCUUGUCGCUGACAUGUCUUCGGAGAGCGGCGGCGGAGCCGGAAGAGCAGGCGGAGCGGGAACGCUGAGGAGUAAUAACGACGGCCUGACGGCGGCGGAACAGCAGGUGGCGAAGUUGCUGGAGGAGGACAUGGGUUCAGCGAUGCAGUACCUGCAGGGGAAAGGCCUCUGCCUCAUGCCCAUCUCCCUCGCCUCCGCCAUCUCCUCCGCCACCUGCCGUCCUCGGCCUCCCCUCAGUCUCAACCUCCGCCACCCGGCAGCCGGCGACGCGCCUCCGUCUCCGAGCAUAUCGGCGCUGACAGUCCAGUCGUCCAAUGCCGGCAGCGCUGACGCCGACGGCGGCAAGGAUCGAGCUGUUCCUUAAGAUCGACGUCCCAAGCAUGCAUGGAAUAACAACAAAAAAAAAAUUGUUUUCUUAUUUUGAUGAAUUUCCCUAUCUGUCAACUCUAUUUAUGAGACUUUAACAAGGAUCAUUUGUUUUCUCA